AUGAGAGUACCACUUGCUGACAUUACUGAAAUUCCAAACCCUCCUGCAUCAGUUUUGAAAGCUGAACUGCAUGCUGAUAGACUUAGUCUAGAUUCAGUAAACACUGAAUUCAGCUUAACGGAGACUCAUAAGAGCUUCAAACUGAAGCAUGGAAUCCAAAACAGCAUCAAGAGAAGAUAUAACAACAAGGAGAACCUGAGCAUAUCACGAGGAACAAAUGAUAUUAAGAGGACCACUGGAUCACUUCGUAAACCAAAAUUGUCUGGAAAAACCAGCUUGAGAAAAGGCGGUCCAAGUUUGUUAGAGCGGGAGCCUAAGCGUAACAAUAUUGUGUCCAGUAUGACUUCCUUCAUUCCUCUUGUUCAACAGAAACAAUCAGCUGCAGUUGUAACAGGGAAGAGGGACAUCAAAGUGAAGGCCCUGGAGGCUGCCGAAACUGCAAAGCGUCUUGCACAAAAGAAAGAGAAUGAGCGCAAGAUGAAGAAGGAAGCCUUGAAGCUUGAGCGGUCAAGAAAGGAGCAAGCGAACAUGAGGCAGUUAGAGCUGCAAAAGAAACAGAAAGAAGAAGAGAGGAAGAAAAAAGAUGCUGAUAUGGCGACAAAGAAGAGACAAAGGGAAGAGGAAGAUAGGAAGGAGAAGGAAAGAAAAAGAAUGCGUGUUGAAGCACGGAGACAGCAGAGAGAACAUGAAGACAAGUUACCUGCAGAAAAAGAAGAUAAAGAAAUGAAAUGCCAGGCCAUUGAUGGAAGAGGACAUGAGAGUAAGGAAUCUAAGGAUGAAACAGCGCAUAAGACAAUGGAGGAAGAAAGGGAAUAUGACACUUUCAGGAACAGUUCAGAGACUGAGCCUAGGACUUCCAGGGUUUCAACAAGUAAUGCCAGAAGAGAGAGUAUUAUCCUUGAAGAACACAGUUUGGUCUUGAGUAAUUUUGGAUAUAACGCAGAGGUACCGAGCAAUUUAGACAAAGCAAUAGACAAUGGGAAUUCUGCUGCCAAUACACAUCCAGAACAGUCAUAUGAAAUCUCUCCAUACAAACAAUCAGAUGAUGAAAACGAAGAAGAUGGUGAUACUAUGCUAAAUAGUAAAUUUGUUCCAUCAUGGUCAAGUAAAAAUUGCCUGGCUCUGGCUGUCUCUUGCCGGAAUGGAGCAGACCCUGGGGCAAUCUUCCCCGAAGAAAGCUUUUCCAGCAUAUCUGAAGUUCUCUUGCCUCGGAAGCAUCAGCUAAACUACAAUGGAAUGCGCUAA